UACUGAUAGCAACAGUCUUGUUUUUUUUGUCUAACUCACUCACACAUCACUAGACAGAGAUUUCUCUCUCUCUGUCUCACUAUCUCUCUCUCUCUCUCUCGAGGCUAAGAUGAACGCUAUAAUGGAUGCCAUGCAGGGUUUUGGGGUGAGCACCACCCACUACCUGCAGACCAACUACCAGGAUGCCCAAGGCUUGUUUCUCUGGGUCUCCUGGGCGGCAGACCUCAGGAACACCUUUUUCAUCUUCUUCCCGCUUUGGUUUCACCUGCGGGCUUCAGUGGGCAUCAAGCUUAUCUGGGUGGCCGUGAUCGGAGACUGGCUUAACUUGGUGUUCAAAUGGAUUCUGUUCGGGGAGAGGCCUUACUGGUGGGUCCAUGAGGCGGCUCAUUAUGCAAACACUGUUCCUCCUCACAUUGAGCAGUACCCCAUGACCUGUGAGACUGGGCCAGGCAGCCCCUCUGGCCAUGCUAUGGGAGCCGCAGGUGUCUACUACACCCUGGUGACCUCCGUCCUCGCCAUCAUGACCAGCAAGAAGAAAUAUGGAAGCAAGAAAUCCACCAACAAGAACUGGUAUCUGAAGGCCGUUUUGUGGACACUGUUUUGGGGAGUCCAGGUGUGUGUCUGUCUCUCCAGGGUCUUCAUUGCCGCCCACUUCCCCCACCAGGUCAUAGCGGGUGUUAUCACAGGUAUGAUCGUGGCUGAAGCCUUCAACAGAACUCAGUGGAUCUACAGCGCCAGCAUGAAGAAAUACUUCUACACGACUCUCUUCUUGACCUCCUUCGCUGUUGGCUUCUACCUCCUGCUCAAAGCUCUGGGCGUGGACCUGCUGUGGACCCUGGAGAAAGCCCAGAAGUGGUGCGUGAGGGCAGAGUGGGUUCACCUGGACACCACGCCCUUCGCCAGCCUCCUGCGUAACAUGGGCACGCUGUUUGGCCUGGGCCUGGGCCUGCACUCACCUCUCUACACCGAGACCAAGAAAAGCAGCAGCACAUUGUUCAAAGCAGGGUGCGUCAUCAGCUCUCUGAUCCUGCUGCAUCUGUUUGACUCCUUCAAGCCUCCAACGCACACUGCAGCCCUGUUCUACCUGCUGUCCUUCUGCAAGAGUGCCACCGUGCCUCUGGUCACUGUCAGUAUCAUCCCGUACUGCGUGAACGGAGCUCUGAGCCUGCAGAACAAAAAGGGAGUGUGAGCAAUGAACUAUAGAUUAUACAGACUAAUGAAAUGGAAGUGCAGAGCCUCUUCCGGAUCAAAAAAAACUUUUCUCUGGUGCUUAUUGCAUUCGUAUGUCCAACUGAUCCUCAGGAAAAGCCCAUGAGAUCAAUGGGAAAUUGUCACUGGUGUCAUUUUUGACACUGAACUCUGUGAGCACUGUGUGACAGUACUAUCCAGGUUGCCCAGGGGCACUUACAAAGACCAAUUUUUGAAUUUAGCUAAGUGUGAUAAUUACAAUUGUUUCAGAGUCCUGGAAAAGGACAAACAAUGAACACACACACCAGUCUAGCAAGUGACUAUUUGCCUCAGUUGCUGUGUUAAACCUCACUUUAAAGACAAUAAAAGUCACUCACUUUGAUAUUUUA